CGCCUGCUACCCAAUUGUUCUUCCGAAACAAAAACCUUGAAAACUCUCUAAUCCAUCCCUCCCCACUCUUUUUUACACACUAUUCCCGUUUGUAGUCAACUAACCGUGUGCAUCCAGUUUCUUGACCGGCUUGUUGCCCGUCUCAGGGCAUCAACAUGCCUGCUGUCCAUGGCGAUUUAGUUGGCACGGUGAUUCCUACCGAUAAUGAACUGCCGCCGGAGAUUGUUCCGCGCCAGGUAACCCUCAGGGAUCGCGUCACCAUUGCAACUCUCGUGCCUUUCACAUCUGCUGCCUUGGUGCCACGAUCACUGUUGGCGUAUCUGUCCGAGCAACUGAACAAAGAGAUCGAAGGCGGGGACACGUAUGCCAUGAUCGAUCCCAUCCCCCUGGAACAAUUCGGAUCGUACUGGUUCUCCAACUUCGGAGCGAUUAUGCUCCUGGGGGACAUAAAGAGCGUGCAGGAAGUCCAGUUGAUGGGCCGUCAGCGAGCCAACUGGGCCAAGCUCUGCCUGGGUAGUUUCAACAUCAGACCCAACUAUCCAGGCCGUAGUAGCCACGUCUGUAACGGCAUGUUCAUUGUUACCGAUGCGGCUCGCAACAAAGGUGUAGGUCGGCUGAUGGGCGAAGGAUACCUCGAAUGGGCUCCUAAAAUGGGAUACACCUAUGCUGUUUUCAACCUGGUCUACGAAAGUAAUGUGGCCUCCUGCCGUCUGUGGGACGCGUUAGGCUUCAAGCGUAUUGGGAGAGUGCCUGGCGGUGGGCGACUGAUGUCCAACCCAGGCCAGUACGUCGAUGCCAUCAUCUACGGGCGCGAUCUCGGUCCGGAUGGAGAAGACUCAGCGACACAAGAUCGGUUCGACAAGAUUCGGUAUUAUCUCAAGCAUUCCAAAUAUCCUCGCGGGGCGGAUCGUGCGGAAAAGAGUCGGUUGCGGAGCGCCGCCACUCACUACAAGCUGGUUGAGGACACGGACGGAACGGGUGAGAAGUUGAUGCUCAAAGACAAGGAAGUAGUGUCGGACCCCCAGCAGCAGUACGAUAUUGCCCGAGAGAUGCAUCUUCAACAACACGCCGGCAUCAACAAGACCACAGCCGCCAUUGCUGUCAAAUACCACUGGGUCCGCAUCAAGGAAACGGUCAGUCGCGUAAUCCGGGACUGCCCGGAGUGCAAAGAGACUUUGAAGCCGGCCAUUGUGAACGGUUUCAUGAACGAUAGCACACCGGAAAUGGAAGACAUGGAAGACAUGGAAGAAGAGAACGAGCUGGAGGAGAACGAGGAGCCCGAGACUGCAAUGCAUGUGAAUCCCACCAUUCCGACCAGCACCCUCAUGGGGGCACAUGCUCUCAUGGACCACCCGGCCGACAUGCAUGCACAUUCAGCCCAGAACCCCUUCGUAACGACCCAUAACGGCGUAGUGUCAGGGACGGUGGAAUCGAUAACCGACUACACCGGCUUGCCACUCGACCCCCAGAUCAUGAACAUUCACCAACAACUGCCCCGAUUUCACCCCCACGACCCGAUUACCGAUCCCUACUCGCACGGUGCACAUACAUUACAUGGUACGAGUUUUGAGGACGAAGUGCGGCAUCACACGAGCCACGACUAUCAUAUGAUGGUCGAUGAUCCCACAGAUCCCGAUCCCUCGGCCUCCCUCCAUGAAAGCGCGCUGGGGCUGGUACCUUCGCAAGCGCAUGACGUGCACCACGACCAGAUUCUCGCGAAGUAUGAUUACGUUGGUCAGCAAGAUGACGAGUUGGAUUUUGUAUAGCAUGGCGUAACUGCUAAGUCAGGGCGUGGUUGGUUGGGUUUCAGCAUCAUAUAG